ACGGCGUGCGCCAUAUCUCGCGAUAAGCGAGAACCAAAUUCUCCCCGAAUUCAUUCACAGCAAUGGCCGCUCUGCGCAGAAUAGGGGCGAUUUUGAGCACGUCCAGGGUCUGGACCGCUCCUCGACACGACCUGUUCGGACCGAAGGCGGCGAAUAUCCGUUAUCGCAGGAUGAGAGCUGCCGUCGGGCUCGGUGUAGUCGCAGCCGGAGGCGCCGCGAUCUACUUGUGUUACCGGCAGACCGGCGCGGAGCACGGAGCGCUACAGAGCCGAGUCAACAGCCGGGCCCUGCUCCCGUCCCUGCCCGCUGUAGCGGCCAAGGAGAAGGCUGAGCCGCUGGACUUGGAGGAUGACGGCGGAGUCUACAUGUCGUCUCACGAGCAUCGCUUUCGCCUGUUCAGCUCUGUGGAGUACGGGGGACAGCUGUACAUGACCCCGCAGAACUUCAUCGAGUCGGUCACCAUGAGCGAGCCUCGGCAUAAAAAGCCAUGGAGAUCCCUCACUAAACAGGAGCUGGAGAAGAUCCUGUCGGACACUCCUCCCGUGUGGAAAGGAACCUCCAAACUCUUCCGGAACCUGCGGGAGCGAGGGAUCAUCGCUUACACAGAGUAUCUUUUCCUGCUCUGCAUCCUGACAAAGCCCCAUGCCGGCUUUAAAAUCGCCUUCAACAUGUUCGACGCCGAUGGUAACCAGAUGGUGGACAAGCGCGAGUUUCUAGUGCUCCAGGAGAUCUUCAGGAAGAAGAAUGAGAAGAGAGGGAGGAAAGGUGACACAGAGAAGUCGGCUCAGCUGAGCAUGCAGCUUUAUGGAUAUCAGGUCGCCCCCGUCAACAGCGCGUUGAAACGAGAGAGCGUUGAGACAGCGGCCGCAGAACGCAGCUACUGGGACAUGUUGAGACGAGGCGCGAGCCACGCCCUGUUUUCCGACCUGGCAGAGGAUUUUAAUCUGGAGCGGGUGGAUGAGACCAUGAUGAUCGACACGACGCUGCUGGUGCAUUUCUUUGGAAAGAAGGGAAAGGCGGAGCUCACAUUUGACGACUUCUACAGGUUCAUGGAUAACCUGCAGACGGAGGUCCUGGAGAUCGAGUUCCUGAACUACUCCAGAGGCAUGACAACCAUCAGUGAGGAAGACUUCGCCCGCAUCCUUCUGCGCUACACUGACGUGGAGGACAUUCGCAGUUACCUGGACAACGUGCGUCAGACCAUACCUGACGAGAAGGGCAUCACGUUUGAGGAGUUCCGGUCUUUCUUCCAGUUCCUAAACAACCUGGAGGACUUCACCAUCGCCAUGCAGAUGUACAACUUCGCCAGUCGAUCCAUUGGGCAAGAUGAGUUUGCGAGAGCGGUGUACGUGGCGACCGGCCUGAAGCUUACGCGACACCUGGUCAACACCAUCUUUAAGAUCUUCGACGUGGACCACGAUGACCAGCUCAGCUACAAAGAGUUCAUCGGUAUCAUGAAAGAUAGACUGCACCGAGGAGUGAGGGGCUACAAGACUGUGGAGCGUUUCACCUCCUACAAGUCGUGUCUGAAGAAGGAGCUGGCAGGCAGCAGGUGAGCGGAAGGCGGGGCCGCUGCUUCCUCUCCUGUGUGCGCUCGGAGGCCGGGGGGCACAUGCGCCAGCUCUGGAAGCGCUUUCGGGAGAAGGUGUAAGCGCUCGAGCCCUCUCACCUUCAUCGACAUCCUCAUCGCCGUCAUCUGGCGGGGGGAAGCAGCCGGGCCUUCCUCUCCCUGCCACGGUGGGGCCUCCGGCUCCCGCUCUGGACUGUCACGCCGGAAUUCCGCAUGGCUCGGAACUACAGCGCUGUGCCGUGGGCAUGCAGUCCCUCUGAACAACACAGGCCCAUUUCCAUAACAACGCACGGCAAAACGGGCUUCCGGCAUGACAAACCAGCACUGAUCCCUCCUCUGCGUCUACGCUCACAGUUAAGCUCUUGUUCUCUGGGACACGGCGGGUCUCCGCGCUGUCACGCAACGAAGGACCCCCUGUCCUGUUCUUGUCUUCAUUGGACAAAGGAAUUCUGACAUAGUCCCAUGUCCAAGCUUUGGACUUUGCUGAUGUUAAUAUAUUCGGAUAUAACUUCAAACAAAUGCCAUUUUUAAGGGUAAUCAUGUUCAAUUAACGCUAUUUGAUUUGUUAGCUGUGGUGAUGUGUUAUGCAUAAUGUUAAUACAUGUAUUUUAAAGCAGAUUUAUCAAACAGCCGUGGAAUUGCAUGCCUUGUCACGCACACGUGUAGCACGAAAUAAGAUGACAGGGUAGCUCGAGACUCCCAGACCCAACAAGCAGAGCACAGAGCAAACCUGAGAUGGUGGACCACACCUUCAACCCGAAGGCUUCUCCAGACCCCCUGCCUCCACAGAUAGGCCCCACCUUCCUUGUGCAGUAUAUGCGUAGACAAGCAAAAACGCCCCUUACACAGAUUAGUGUGUGUGUGGAGCUUUGGGAUUGAGUACUUGUUCCCGGCACCAACAGCAAAAAAAGAAACCCAUACAAACGGGACAACAGUAGCAUCAGUGGACCAGUUACACAGAACACAAAGUUAAUGGGGAAUAACACUGAGAAAACACUGGUAACCCUGCACAAACGUGCUGGUGAAUGUCAGGGGUUAUCAUGUGUUUAUGGGCCAUAAUAAGUGCAUUAACAUUAUGUGCUCCACACUCAAAGGGUUUGCUCAAAUGCAUUAAGAUUAUGUGCUCUACACUCAAAGGGUUUGCUCAAAUGCAUUAAGAUUAUCUGAUCCACACUCAAAGGGUUUGCUCAAAUGCAUAUCCAGUCUUUGGGCUACACGUGCAGUCCUCUGUUAACCUCCAAAGAACGGAAGUAUGUGUGUGUGUGUGUGUUUGUUUGCUUUCUCUCUCUCUCUCUCUCUCUCUCUCUCUCUCUCUCUCUCUCGCAUGAAGGUCACAAAUCAAUGAAACCUUUCCAAUAAACACAGAAUGUCUCUAUACCGGUCCCCAUUGUCAACAAUAUCUAUGCAUGACUUCCGUUACGAGAUGCGAUGCGUUACGAGGUGACAUACUGCGAAACUUGCUCAUAUGUAAUAAAUGAGAGUAUGAAAGCA